AUGGAAUGCAAUUGUCUCAUCCAGCGCCUCAAAAGCUCAACUAGACGCGACGACGCCCUCAUCUACACUAUGGAUAACGACGACUUCUUUGCGCAAAUCUUUGGACCGGAACUUGUCUAUGGCAAUACACCUAACGUGAUUCCUGAAGCUUUUGACGGUCCACUCACUGACGGGUCUGCUUCGGAAGACGAACGCCAUGCAAUUGCGACUCCUGUCACCAAAGGAAAAAAUAAAGCAACUACAUCUAGUGGCAUUACGUCGCCCAUCCUCACACGUUCAAAGGCUGGGCAGAACAAAAGUGGCACUUCGGCAGACGUUCAGGCUACGCCCACUCGUUCCAACAAUCACGAAGAUGAAGUCAGACCCUCGUUGAAGAUCACACUCAAGAAAAAGGCACAGUCCUCGAAAGGGGUUGGCCAUACCUCUGUUGACUUGCUGGGUGGACAUGUUGUCGAUACGAAGGCAGAAAGUGCACCUGAAAUCGAUAUCCCUUUCGCAAUCCAUGCGGCGGUACCACAGGAGGUCACGAGUUCGGCCACAGUGCAAGGCUCAGGUGGCCCAAUUGCGUUUGGCCCGAAACUACUAAACACCAUGGGAGUUGCUAAUAAACUCCCUGUCCCUGCGCGUGCCGUUGCACCAUCGGUGGUCAUUGGCCCGCCUUCGGCACCUAACGAUACACAGACUAAACUUGACGUUCAGUACAUCGCCAAACAUUAUCACGAAAUCAAGACACUUAUGGAAGCCUAUCAAGCAGCGGCUAAUCUUACAAGCAAUGAUUUAGUGGACGAUGUGGCGAUUGCCAACGUCGGCCAAGAUCAAGCGACGCAAUAUGCUCCGGUUGCCAUCGACAACGAAAACCAAUUGACGCAAUCUGCGCAUAGUUCUAUUUCGACCAUGAGUGAUACUGUGCAGGACCGAGUGGGGCAAUCUACUCUGCCGAAAGCCAAGCGAUCGGUUGAAGCACAAGCAGUGCUCAAGCGCAAAAAGUCUGACAGUGAUGUUGGCGAUGAAGAAAGAUUUCACGACCUCUUCGCAGCCUCGCAUUACUUCAAUAAUGCAAGUUAUUCUUCGCUACCUAUGGCGGUAUCUCCUCCGCAAUGUCUUCUCACCAAAGAAAUUCUCGUCUUCAUUCCCGUGUCCAUGCAUGCCGAAUUUUAUGCCCUGCCUCCUCUCAGUGUCGGACGAUGGACACCCUGGUCGGAUGUGGGGGAAGAUUAUGAUUACGCAUCGUUGAAAGCUGUCGUCUCCCCUGCCAACACGAACGGCCUGAUGUUGAAGACAGCAUUGGUAUUCAAGACGUUCCGUCAGUUUAUCAAUGGCUCUCGCGCUAGCCCGAGUGCUGUGAUUGCUGUAUCCCCUGCAAUGCGCUCUCAAGUGACUUUGUGCGCAACAAGCGCAGACCAAGUCGCAGUCUUCACGUCGGUAAUCAAAGUUGAAUCCUCCUUUCUCCGCACUGGUUACGCUGCUGGGAACAGUGCUGCAGAGAAGGGGGUAAGUGGUAUGAUGUUGCGUGGAGAAUUUGAACGGAUGGCUUGCUUGACGACCAUGGUCCUACAUAAACCUGAAGUCCAUGUUCAAAUGCGCGGAGUAACGCUUUCUUUUACCACCAAUAGGGCAGCCAGUACCAACUCUCCGGCUAAAAAACCGCGUGCUGGUCCCUGCAUCACAACCACUGCUCCGCGUAAUACCGGUAUCUCUUCUCGGGGUGGGGUAGGGCGAGACAGCUUGCGAUUCGAGGAAACUGUUCCGGUCUAUGAUUGCACUACAAUGAGUGUCAACUUCCAAGAUGCACUCGACCGAUUGGAGUCCCUUCCGCGUUUCAAGAAACCCGAAAUCCCUGUCAAUUCUUUGGCUGUCGUUGGAUACAGUUGCGUUGCGUACAAGAAACAAGAUCACUCGGACGGGUUGGCAUUGAAUAUUCGUUGGAUCAUGGUCAUCAGUGACCCGUUGCCCGACCCUCCUGAAAACUGA